AUGGCAUCAAGAACUGCAUUGCCAUCAGUAACGACGAAGACAGUCCCGCGCCCUACCCCGGAUGGCAUGGGCAAUGGCCUGUUUGCAACGGCCGACAUCAACUCGGGCGAAAAUGUCCUACACAUCAAAACGCCCUUUGUGGCAGUUCUCGAUUCGCCCCGUUUGGAGGACACCUGCUCCUACUGUCUCGGGAAGAGACAGCUGGAAACCGGCAAUAAGCUGAGUGCUUGCAUGGGAUGCCGAGUUGUGAAGUAUUGUGAUCGGAAAUGUCAAUCGAGGGAUUGGAAGUUUGCCCAUGGGCUUGAGUGUAAAAUUUUCGCAAAACUCAAGCCUAUGGUGCUUCCUAAUAAUGCUCGUGCUUUGCUGCGCAUUGUGUUGCGUUCUACGAACAAUAAGUAUGAUCCUGAGGAGCUUAAGGUCUUUGAGGGGCUCGAGACUCAUAUCAAUGAGAUCUCCGAGAGCCAAGGCCAGCUUGAUAGGAUCACCUUGACUGCAAGAGCCGUCAAGAACUACUCCGGGACCGAUUUGGAGGAAGGGACUAUUUCUUCGUAUGCUGCGAAGCUUGAUCUGAACUCUUUCAACCUCACCACGUCGAUGUACGACCGAAUCGGUCUGUACAUGCACCCUUAUGCCGGUCUGAUCAAUCACAGCUGCGACUAUAACUCCACUGUUGGGUUUGACGGCGAAGAGCUCUAUGUCAAAGCCAUGCGUCCUAUCAAGCAGGAUGAACAAAUCUUCAUCUCAUACAUUGACACCACAACCCCAUACGACAUCCGGCGGAACGAACUGAAAGAGCGCUACUUUUUUGAUUGCCAGUGCACAAAGUGCCAAAAGGGAACAGACACACUUGAAGACCAGUUUUCAUCCACGCCUGAGGACACGACACUCCUGGAAACAGCAGAGCGAGAAGCCCUAGAACUCAUGCAGACGGCCACUGCAUCUAGCACGGAGGCCCCAGAAGCAAUUGCAAAAUUGGAAGCUGCCAUGCACAAACUCCAUGAAACAGGUGCCUGGCCGCUCACUCGCCAGCCCUACGCAUCUCUACGGGAUAAGUUGAUCAUCUCCCUGCUUACAGCGGGAAAUUUCACUCGGGCAUUCAUUCAUGCGGCUAUCAGGUAUCUGCGAAUUGAUCCCAUUGUUUACGACAAGGCCCAUCCAAUCCGUCACGUUCAUGCGUGGAGCCUGGUCAGGCUUACCGUAUUUCUGUCCCAGGAGGGCUUCCAGCCUGACCCUAAAGACCCCGUGCAGAUCCAUGAGUUCAAGCUGAACUUCCAUUACUUGAUUUGGUAUAUUCUGGCUGAGCUGGCGAGCACUCAGCUGGAGAGUUGUACUGUGCCUAGCUUUAGAAAGUUGGUGGGAAAUCAGUUUGUGCAGGUUCACAAUGAAUUUAAGGCAAAUGGCCUUGAUCCAAGUACAUCCAAAGGUAUUCUAGCUGCUGAGUGGCAGAAGCUAGAGCGUCUUGUUACCAAGGCUUUGGAAAAAGAGUGA